AUGAGACGACUGCGCGUUCCGACACUUCAAUCGCUAGGAGAGCGGCAGAAGGUAAUCAAUGUGAGGAAGUUGAUCUUCCAAUUGCAUCUCAAUGAUGAGUACUUGAGAGAGGCUGCACCUGAUGUCAACAUGGUAUUAACCAUGAGAAGAAUAUUUGAAGAGCAACAAAAUGAUAUGGCCAACUACAUUGGUAUUCCGAAGAGGUUUGUGAGAAAGUAUGGUAAGAAUCUUCCCGAAACGGUGCGUUUGAGGGUUCCGGACGGUGGAAGUUGGAGAGUGGAACUGGAAAAAUGGGAUGAUAUGGUUUGGUUGGCAAAGGGAUGGAAGGAAUUUGCGGAGCAUUACUCCAUAUGUGAGGGCCACUUCUUAGUCUUCAAAUAUGUAGGGGACUCGGGUUUUCACGUGCUCAUAUUUGACAAAAGCGCAACGGAAAUAGAUUAUCCGCUAAUCGACACUGUCGAAUUUGUCCCGCCUAAAACAGAAAACGUUGAUGAUCACUGUAAUCUCUCGGUUAUACUUCGAAGUCUAGAUGGUUUCUCACUGAAGAGAAAAGAGAAGGAUGAAUUGCAUCUAAAAUCAUAUCAUCACAAGCCCUCCAAAGCGAUGAAAUCGGAUUCCGUUAAUUUGGUCGAUGAUGCUACUACUUCACAUGCAAUUGUGCUCGGAUUGGGUUCCGAAACAAAAGGCUUCCGAGCUGAUCGAGGAGCGACGCUUUUGCCACAAGAUUGGGAAGGUAGGAUGGAAAAUUCCAAAGGCAAGGUGAGCCCUGCCAUGCUGGCUUCUCUUAGCUCUGCUUCUGAACCUUGGCGGGUAACUACGGCUCUCAAAGCAGCCGGCAAGUACGAGCUGCAGUAUCCUUCCUUCGCAGUAGUUAUCCGGGCACAUCAUCAAUUGAAGAAUGGUGUGACUGUCCCAGGCAGUUUUUUUAAGGGACGCAUCAAUAGAAGAAUACAAACUGCAACUCUUAAAUAUACGGACGGAUCAUGGCCAGUGAAGCUCAUGUACUACCCACAACAUGGCUCGGGAAAGCUCUCCGCCGGUUGGCGCGCAUUUCAGAAAGGAACUUCCCUGAAGGAAGGAGAUGCCUGCGUGUUCGAGCUUGUUAGGAUUGAUAAUAUUGAACUCAAAGUCUCCAUUUUGAGAAGGAAUGUCGAGACUUAG